UGUUGCUAUUAUGAUGAGAAUGAUUGAAAUCUCCUGUACGGUCAUUUAACUGACUGGAUUCAGAAGUAACAGAUUGGAUACAGUGUAAAUGUUCCAUUAAUUCUUUGCAACUGGAAAUCGAACAUACUGCUAGUGUCAUGCGAACAUUGUAAGGAAGCUUUUUUGUUAAUAUAUUUGCUAAUGAUGUAUCCGCCAAAGAUUCAUCUAGUUGCGAAUUCUUGCACAUCAUCUUAGCUACAAAUUCAGUAUAUGAUUGUCUGCCUCUAUUAUCAUAUGUGCAUGAUAUAAUCUCUGAUAGUGCGUCCAUCUGCUUACGUUUACUCCAAUACUGCUGCAGGAAUUGGGAGAUGAAGUCCUCCAAGCUAUUGAUAUCUCGCAUCCGGCUCUGGAAAAACAUCAGUGGCUCGCCGAGUAAUAGACUGGACAGUUGGAAACGCCAUACUAACCAAGAGGUUGGUGGCGGCUGGUGGUUGACUGGUCACGCCGGAUGGCGACUGGUUGGCGGCACUCUCCGUUCCCUCGGCGAUGCUUGGAGCGAUCUGCGAAGACGCCGGUACCGGGUUGGACGCCCUCACUCCCUCAUCUCCCUCAGCCGGACUCUCAUCGGAAUUAAUCGCAUCGACGACGUUAUCAAUCUUCGUAGAAGACAAUUGGGCUAAGUUUUGCGGGUCGAAACUGAUGGAGCAUAUGCUGCCUCCCUCUCUCUCUCGUGGGGUCUCCGCGACGUUGUCCUGUGGUUGUUGAUUGGCCGGUGUCGUAGUUACAUAGUUUUGGGGGUGGUCGCUGAAGUAGGAGAUUUGCGAGUUAGCUGGUGACUGGUUCAUGGUGACGUUAUUAUGGAAUACUUCGAGUAAAUAGCCAAGUGUGUUGCCAAGUCUCAGGAAUAUUAAAAUGGAUUCAGUGAUAGUGCCUAUUCUGGAUAAAAUUGUGUUGUGUUAAAGUUUCAAGUGUCAUGUACAUAUAUUACAAAAAGACCUUCGAGUGCUACAGGUACGCUUAUCAGCAUAGACAGAUAUGGCUUACAAAUUACACUAAUAUAGUUCUUAAAAUUCUAAUUAGGGUCUUAUCCUCCUGAAUAACGAUAGUAUUAUAAUGCCUCAAAUAACCUAUAACCCUGGUCAGCAUACAAUGUCUAGAUUCAAAGAUCAAAAUCAAAAUUUUACUAUAGACUUUUAUGGAAAUUUCCAUCCAAUUUUCUCUAUUAUGAGAAUUAUGUUAUCAAACUCGGUGAUACAGUUUGUCUGUAUUUAUGCAGCUUGAAAAAAUUUUAAUUUGAAGAGCAACUCAAUUAUUUUAGCCAGAACUUACAAUAGAUUAUCAGAUAUAUCUUGUCGAAACAACUUCAGAUUAUUUUUCUUGCAGCUUUCAGUUUUAUCAAUAAUUUCAUUAAUCAUUGAUAGUAAGAUUGAGUAGGUAAGCUUUUCAUCAUGCUCCACUGGUUGGGUGCCAUUGGUGUGAA